UCCCUUUAAACAACAUUUCAUUUACACUACAGAAAUCAUGCGAAACCCGUGUUCUUCGCCCUCAAAUAGCAUUUGUUUCGCUUUAGUGUAAAAUUUUUGUCAUAUUCAGUUGGAAUCGAACUCAAAAUGGCGGAAAGUGAGACUCAACGCAUUGAGCUGAUAAGUGAAAGUGAGACUCAACGCAUUGAGCUGAUUAGUGGAAUCGACGAUAUAAGGACGAUGAAUCAAGUAAUGGAGGCGCUUGACAUUUCUUCGAAAGGGUGUCAAACGCUGCAAGAUAUGAAAGAUCGAGUAAUAACUACAACAAACCAGUCUGCCAAAUCAAUCAGUUGGAGUGCAGGACAGGUAAGAAUGAUUGCUAUUAAGAGGAGAGAUAUUCAGAUUAUGCUAUUCUUUAUUAGCGUGUUAUUGAUCGCAUUACUAAGUAACAGGCUUCUUGUAUAAGAUGUUAUUUCUGAGACAGGGCAUUGUGCAAGAAGCUUGUGUGAAAACUUUACAUAAGAGUCCUUUGAACGUAAUUAAACUGCGAAAUUUCAGAUUUGUAUGUUUGAGGACAGCUAUAGACAGCUAUUUGCAUUACUUCAGCUGUUUCUUAUGAAACGGGCUUUCUGUCGUUUCUACAAACAUCUGGUUGACGAAGAACUAGGCAAGAGUGGCGGAAAAGCCAUAAUAGGGGUAAUUAUCAGUAAAACGCCGCGAAGAAGAACCUAGAGUUUUUGAAGUUUGGCAAAAUAGAUUCUUAUAGUUUGGAGUACUUAUUGGAAGUUUAGGCUAAAUAGGUUCUUACAAUGUAAUUAGGUUCUUAAUUUUUAUGAAGAAGGAUACUGUUGUUGCGAUUACAAGAAAUUGCUAUGAAUGGUAUUUGUCCUUCAUAAUAGGCAUUUUUUACCAAAAAUCUAACAAAACUAGGUUAACAGCUAGAAGAUAUGCAGUUUUCAACAAUGGUUGUUUACAUUAUACUGACAUUUAUUAUAUAAUGUAAUAUUAUAAUAAAUGUGCCAUAUUAAAGCCAGACUUUUGGUCAAAAUGUUUAUGAAAAUGUAGUCUAACCCCCAUUUUUCUUGGCUAAACUGGUUCUUAUAUUUUGGAGUAUUAAAAUGACAAAUUUCUGCCAGCAGGUUCUUAAAUCCUAGAUUCUCCUUCGCGUCGUUUUACUGUAUUGCGUUGUAGAUUCAAAUCUGUUUUAAAAUCUACAUUGAAAUGUAGAUUUUCCUUUCUAUCAAAUGUCAGACGAAUGGCACAUCUUUUGUUCCUGUCGCAUUUCCUUGUAGUAUUUGUAUUAGGGCUAGUACCUUACUGGACAGGAUACUCACAUCUAACUAAUCAAACCACAUUUUUCAUGAACAGUGAGCGAUCAUCUACGUUUUUGUAGAGCUAUCUGAUAGUAAUUGAAGCCGUUGUUUAUCGAUGCGUGGAGAGAAUCAAGCCGGCAUACCAUCAGGGAGCUUGUCCGUGUCGUAACAGAUGCACUGCGGCAAUAACGCAUUGCUUUCACUAAGUACUACAUUUCCUGGGACGGGAAUAAGCGAGGUUAUCAAUUAGGUUCAAAAUUCCGUUUACCAUGGUGUAACAGAUCAGUGUCAUUUGAGAUAUACAUAUAUCACAUCAGCAAGUGCAAAUAGCAGCAGGGGCGUAGUUAGGAAUUUUCCAGAGGAACACACGGUUUUUUCAAAUCCACCCUAACCUAUCUGCCUCCCAAGCCGCAUUAACCGUUUACUUAAAGAAUGAAUCAGUUCAUGGUGAAGAGUUUUAAGUUUGAUAUGUUAAUGGUCCUUAUAUUUGUAAAAUUUUAAGGUGUAAGUUUUGAGUAUCUUUGUCAUUCAUGAGGUAGGCGCCCGGGGGUAGGCGUUGCAAUCAGCAUUUUGGAAACGCUGACAAUUCCUUGAAAAUUCCUUCAAACGUAGUGUAAUUUUUGUGUGAAACCGUCGUCCUGUUAUUGUGAGCGUGAAAGCGAAAUUAAAACGGUGUGCUUUCACUGUCACUGAUCGACUUCACUGCUAGUGAGCAGUUAGUAUAAAAUGAAUUUGCGCUCUCUGAAUUUGUUGUGAGCGAGCUCCAGUCAUGUGAAAAAUUAGUAUAGGUAAUAGCAUGAUUUGUAGUGAUAUUUGGCAUAAAUACCACGAGUGAUAUUUCGAAAUUGUUACACGUAAUUUCACGAGCCGUUAGGCGAGUGAAAUUUGAGACAAUUUUGAAAUAUCACGAGUGGUAUUUAUGCCAAAUAUCACGUACAAAUCAUGCUAUUAUUUGUUUAUACUACUACCCUCAAAAGGUUUGUAAUUUUCACAUGUAGGUAUUUCAAAUUAAGCUGAAAUACCACUGCUCUAAGCCAAUCAAAUUGCAGUAAUUUUUCAUGUAGUAGUAUAAAGCAAGUAAUAACGCGCGGUACAAGUUUCAAAAGAGAGAAAAAAAUCAUCUGGUGUGGGUUUCAGCUCAAUGUAAAAGUUGGAAUUCGGAAAUUUCAUCUCACAAUCGUGCAGGUACAAUAAAGAAACGUACCAUGAAAAAGACAGGAGCACCCCUCGUCAAUUUUGGGAAAAUAUCUGUCCGGAAGACGAUUUGAGAUCUAGAGAGAUUUUCGGAACACUUUUUGUAAAAUUUCUUGCUUGCCUGCCUCUCCUAGGAUUUUCGAACAUCUAAGAAAAUGGUAUCAUUGCCUAUACUUAACGGAUCUGUACCCUAAAAAGGUCACCUGGAAUUUUCGGGAGCCCUUCUUCUGGCUGAAAUUUUCUAAAAGGUCAGUUUGAUCCCCAUAAUUUUCGGAUCACUAGCCCUUCAGCUAGGAAAUCGGUCCGAACAGAUGAAUUAGGGGAUAAAAAUAUGCCUAUAUCUACAGUUUAAAUACUAAAAUACGUUUAACAAUGCUAUGUUUUAAGUGGUUUUGAACUAUAUUCUCGUUGGGUGCCCCUCCGGUUAUCCGGAAUUUUAAAUCAGGAGCAGCGUUGGUGAACAGUAAAUGCUGAUGGGUCAAUUUUUCAUUUGCAGUUCAGUUCUUAACAGACUUGACUUGUUUUCUUUCCUCAGGCCUUUUCCGUUUUGUUAGAUGCAAAAGAUGACGAUGUAAGAAAAAGAGCUGGGUUACUGAGCCUUUACACUGAAGCUGAGGAAUUGCUAAAUAAACUGGACCCCCAAAUUGUUGCCCCGCUACAACAGAGUGUUCCUGAUUUUGCGCAGAAGCUGAAAAACCACAAGCUACAACUAACACAGAAGGAGUACUUUGUGCUUGUAGCAGGUAAAUCAUAGUACACUUAUAAACUUAAAGAACAUUAUUAUUCUUUCAAAACAUAUCGCCUUUUCUGAUUGGCUUAAAUCCCCAACUAAUUCUUUAUGACCGUCAAUGUGGACACAAAAAUUGAUUUUGACUGGUAGAUCGUGCAUUCGGAUGCGUACUUGAAACCGCAGAGAAUACACCCGGAGCAGUCAGUCGAUAAAAAUCGGUAUCGAUUUAUCAACAACAACAAAAAUCGGCAAAUCUGAUUUGAGUGAUAUCGAUUGUAUCGAUCAAUGGGUAGAAAUCGAUGACACACUCGCUUCGUUCAUCGAUUUGUCUUGAUUUUUACCGAUUUCAUCCAUUUACAUCGGAAGAUACAUCUGUUCAUCUGUUUAUCAAAAAAUGAAAACUGAUCUCAUGCAAACAGUAAACUUAUUGACAAUUGAGUUGCAAUUGAGAGUCGAAGGAUCAAACUUUUAUCACUCUCUAAAGAAAUCUUUAAAGCAAUCUUACCUUUUCUCUAAAAUCUUCUGAUGGCUGAUAUUGGCCAGGUUUGUAGGGGCCCAUCUGCCACACUGCACACUUUCAAAAUAACGUCGGUGUACCUCCGGGUGUAGUUACAUAAAAAUCGAAAUCGAUAAAAAUCGUCAGCAAGUGAUUUUUAUCGAUUGGUAACAGAAAACAGUGAAAAUCUAUCGAGGAAAAUCUUUUAGCCUGAAAUUCAGACAUCCCUUCGACUCGAGGGAAUGUCUGAAAUUCAGGCUUAGGUUGUAUUUCCCGCGAUACAGUAAAAACCCGCAUACAAGAACAUGUGGAAAACAGGCUGAAAUUUGGAAAAAAAGGAGCAUAUAUAUAAGAACACAUUCAGCCUGAAAAUUGAAAAAUGUUCUUAUAUAUAAAAACUCUUCCCUUUUCAGUUUAAUAGAACAGUGUCUGUAGCUUUACUGUGGUAUUGCACUAAUAUCUCUGUAUAAAUGCUAGUAAUUUCACUUGCUAUGUAUAGCAAAUGUAGAACAAGUUACAUUUUUUUAGAAGUAAAAAAUUAAGAACACUUGAGAACACUUUCAGGCUGAUUUCACCUAAAAUACCCGAUAUAUAAGAACCCAAUCAGCCUGAACCCCGAAAAUGGGUGUUCUUGUGUGCGGGUUUUUACUGUACUUGCCUGCGAGAACUGAAUGUACGUAGACCGCAACCUCGUUCCUCGGUUCUCUCUCCUACUCAUCCUACCCGUCCUACCCUGUCUCUUUCCGUAGGGAAGGGUAGGAGAUCACCAUGCUGGGAACGAGGUUAAGUAGGCCGUAACUUUGAGUUGUUACGUACAAAAUAAAAAGUUUUAGAGAGAAACUUUUGCAUAGUUUCCACAAUUCUCAUUUUCAUGUUUGCUGAUAAGAUGUUACUCGUAGAUGUGAUUUCUAGGCGGUACCUAUGUAACUCGUGCCAAACUGAACAACAAUAGCGGACUUCCGUUAUAUCGCUACAAUCAUGGAAAAUCGAUAAUAUCGAUUUGACACAGCAAUUUAGUUUAUCGAUUUUCACCGAUCUCCUUUAUCAAUCGAUAAAAAUCACUUGAUUGCUACCGAUUUUUAUGGAUCUCUCUUGAUGUUUAUCGAUUGACUAAUCCGGGAAUACGACAACCUUUUUCUCUGGUACGGUCACGAAACCGCUGCAGUGAAAAACAGUUGUUGUUAUAGAUUUCUAUCGAUUUUCAAUCAAAAAGUGAUAUCGGCAAUUAUAGAUUGAUCGAUUGGUUUUCCGAUAUAGGUUUUUAUCGAUUGGAAUGCACUCGUCAGGCUGAUAAAGGUCUGUAGUGAAGGCCGACACUCCCUAUACACUUAUUUAUGCGCUGGGCGAGAUAAGUUUAAAAGCUCCUUUGACUCGCAGCAACUUUAUUUCCAUAACAUUCCACAACCAGAGGGUAAUUUUGAACAUUUCUGACGUCGACAAGGUUGCAGGGCUUGCAAUUUGUUUAAAUAUAUAUUUUUUGUUCUAUCCUUUUGUUUACUUCUUCAUCACCUUGCCGUAAGGAUCAGUUUGCCGUUUCAUAUUUUUCUACAAGUUUAAUUGUACUGAUCCAGGUCUGAAUUGGGAGAUCCGGCACCACUCAUAGGUUUGUUGCUGUGGACUUGCUGACAUUUUAUGUAAAUAUAAAGCCCUUGAAAUACAACAUUUUGCUGCGAUUUAGUUUUUUAAUUAAUCGUUUUAUAGAAUAAAACUUUUUGCUAUGGUCCUGAUAUAUAACACGUUUUUAUGAACGAUUGCACAAAAAAGUUAAAAAUAAGUGAAAUUUUAAAUUUUGCUAAUAAACGGCCCGACCACACUCCAAUUUUGACACAAUAUCUCCACCCCCUCCCCGCUCUUUUACUUCGCCAUUUUUUGCGUGGUCCGUUUGACUCUCGUUCCUCGUUCUUUGCUCCUAAACCGCACGGAAACGUUUGCUACGCAGGCUACCAGGAUCCAUUUUCGUCCUCCUUUGAGUGAGGACCCUAGUUCGAUUGUUUCCUGGAGUCCCUCUAAGUGGCUUCAAUCUCAUCUUAUGUAUUGGUAACUUUUUAUCUUCACAGGAGAGACAGGUUCUGGGAAAAGUAGCUUGAUAAAUCUUAUUUUGGGAGAAGAGCUUCUUCCAUAUUCUGUUCUCAGUACAACGUCUACCAUUUGCGAGCUAAGAUUUGGGGAGGAACGUAAAAUUGUUGCCCACUAUAAAGAUAAGGAUCCUGAAACAGGCCUACCAACAAAAGUUGUCCCCUUAAGAGAGUGUCAAGGCAGAGAAUCAACAGAACAAGGCUAUCUUCAGCAGAUUGCACCUUAUGUUCAUGUAAAGAGUGAUCGCGAAAGAGGAUCAAUUUUCAAAAAGAUUGAGCUCUUUUGGCCUCACAGUCUCUUGGAGGUAGGCUUGAUAGACUCGAUACAGUUUAAAGUUGUAGUUUGAGGUCAGUUUUAUGAUAUAUCAACUCACCAUCCGGGGUAUGGCUAUAGAAAAGGUUAUAGAAAGAAUACUAUCGAGUGUGAUUAGUAAUGGAUAUAUAACUGUACUAUUGCUUAAAUAUAUGUAUUUUUUGGUUAGUAUCGUGACUGUUACACAACAAUCAGCAAAAAGCAUUAUUGAUAUUAUUUCCCCUGGCUAACGACUGUUUGUUCAGAUAAGCAUACAAACGUGUAAUGAGGAAACUUUUUUUAAAGCGAUUGAAAAGGACCAAUGUAAAUCAAAGCUAGCUUUUCAUUUGUAUUUCAGAAAGGAAUUGUGAUAGUUGACAGCCCUGGAGUUGGCGAGUCGGAUAUUAUGGACGAGAUAGUUACGCAGUAUCAACCGCAGGCAUUCGCUUUCCUCUAUGUCAUCAACAGUGCCAACGCUGGUGGAGUUCAGAGAGACCGAGUAAGUAUCGCAAAAACGAUUUUUCACCCAUGGAAAGAAGUCAUAGUGUCAAUUUAAGGAGCAUAUUGUUUUAGAGGUUACGAGAAAAGAAAACCUGCAACCUGUCAUACCACAGAGAACAACGCUACCGAAGUGUCAGUAAAAUGGGCUAGGUGACAUUUUUAUUGUUGCAGCGAAUUACUUGCAUAGGGGCCCUUCGUGGCAGCCAAAAAAGCCAAUUAAAUUUUAAUCAUUAGUUUAUCAUUUUGCCUGAUUUCAUAUUGAAUGUUUGCCUAUUACUAUGGUACCCUGUAAAGUUUGAUUUAGUGCAUGUACUAUUAAUUUUCACUGACUUUAAAUUUCCCCUCGUAUUCCACUCGUAAGUUGCAGUUAUAUAGUUAAAUUAUCUUUCAUCCUAUCUAGACGACUUUGGUAGAAUUCCCCUUUACGAGCUCCGCAUAAAUUCAAUGAUCAUGCACAAUAUGUCUAUUUCGUUACUCUUUCAGCUCGAAAGAUUACUAGAGAAAGUCAGAAAAAUGACUCUUGAAAGACAGGGAGCAUUACCUACCAAAUCCGCCUUGUUUGUGUGCAACAAGUGGGACCAAGUCCCAGAGAAGGAACGGAACGAGGUGAAGAAUCACGUGAUCAUAAGAUUGCAAAGAUGUUGGCCUGGGGUUGAUCCCGAGUCACAGAUCAUACAUAUGUCAACUACAAAUGCCAGUCAAGCCCAAGACUAUAAGAUUGUUACCGAGGAAUUUUCCACUUUGAUGAACAGCUUAAGGCGCAUGGUGUUAAAGAGUAUUGGAGACAUGUUGGAAAUUCAUUGGAAGUAAGCAUCAAGCAUCAUGUUCAUGUUUUAUAGGGGCGAUUUUAGCAGUCUUAAGGAAAAACAUCAUAUCCUGGGGAAUAAACUUACUUCGUAAAAUGCAGACCAGUGCGUUGUUUAAUUUUUGUGUUUUCCAAGGAGUUUGUCAAACUGACUUCGACUCCAAGUAUAUCCCUGCUAACUAAAUGGGAUUCAUACCCGGGGAGACAUUUGAGGGAAGCUUGGGUAGAGUUGUACCGCCGAGGCCUUGAAACCCUGACCCUAUUUAUUAAUCAAAAAAUUUUAAUUUUGCUACCCUGUAAAGACAAGGGACCUUGUUUACCCCGACCUUGGAAACCAUACCUUGUUCAGUGGCGCAUACUCGUUUAGGCCAAAUAGGGCCCUGGGACUCACGCAACCAGAUAAUUCACCCCUGAAAAAGAUUAGGUUAAAGAUUAUUCAGGUUAGUCUGUCACAGGUCGACAGAUGAAAAUGUCAGUGUCUUGUUGUUCUUUUAUCAUUUCAUAGUUGGUUGGAUAACCUUCUCUCACGAACAAUCUAUCAGGCGAAAGCCUUCGUGAUGAAUGCCUAUAGAGAUCGCGACAAAGUAAUCCUGAGAACAGAGAAGAUUGCUGACCGUAUCAAGGAGAUUGAAAAGGAACAAAGCAAAGUAAUUGCAGACCUUAAUGUCUACCGGAAGAAACGAGUGAAUGGUGCUUUGAGGGAGCUAUCCGAGUACCUCUCGUCGGAAGUUGUUAAAGCCCGCUUCACUUCAUGGACAACGGACGAAGUGCCAGCCCCAGAAAACUCCUGGGAGGUAACAGAAAACCAAAUCGCAAAAGUUCUCUCCAAGCGGCUACGUGAUCUCAUAGAGCAAUGGGAAGAGGACAAGCAAGUGUUUGCAGGUGCUCGCACGUCAAUCGAGGAACACUUUCAGGAGCGUUACAAUUUCAUGGAAGGUCAGCUGAGGGAUCUUCAGAACGCCAUCACUGUUGACAUAACAGAUGUUUCAGAAGAUCAGCUUCAGUUUUAUCGAGCAAAUUUCUCCUUGGCUAAAAAAGUCGUCAUUGGUGUCACAAGUCCAAUCUGGGUUCCACUUGGUUUAGUUGCUUUGCUGAUCGGCGUUCCUAUUUAUGGUAUCGUGGCUAUGAGAAGCAAGUUGGAGGAUCGAAAGAAAAUGAGGAAUUACGAAAAAGACAAAUGUGCCUUUAUGAGAGAAGCAUCGGCAGUGUAUCUUGAAAAUGUGAUAGACGAUAAAUGGCUGAAGCCUUUCGUGAAGGAACAAAUGAAAGAAGCCAAAAUCUACCUCAAGCAGAUUGAAGCCCGUCUACCAGAAUUGAUUGAAGCAGACAAGAUGCUAUGCAAACAACUUUGUGACGAAACGCGUUCACAGAGAGAGAUAACUGAACGUUACCGACCCAUAAUGGAUGAAGGUUCUCAUCUCAGAGGACGCUUAGCAGAAUUUGGGUUCAAAGAGGUUCGAGCCACUGAUAUCAGUGCUGAUAAUCUAGAAUGGAAAGAGGAUGUUCCUUCCCCAGUGGGAUGCGGUACAUUAGGUGUUGUGUACCAGGCAAAGAUGAAAAGAAAUAAGGCCUACAUCACCGUGGCUUUGAAGGUAUACCAAAGCGUGCUUGACGCUCAAAAUGCAAGCCAUUUUAUGGCUGAAGUACAAAUUUUAAGGUAAGAAUAUAGUCACUAGCCUUUGACUCUGAAGAUUAUUCCCUCACAGGUUGCCGAAACGUCAGUCACUGUCAACAACAGUUCUAUUCAGGACUACGCUCAUCGGGACGAUCAUGAAUUAUUCCACCUACUUAUGAAAAGAUUCCUGGGCUCAAACCAUUCACAGUUGUAGAUAUGAGUCAUGCACAUAAAUUUUCCGUAGAACUGUCAUCCAAAAGCUACUUCUUGUACUUUUAUGACAUCAUUGCUGAUUAUUUAUGUGAAACGUUUCAGAGGCUUUGCCCUCCAGAGAGCCACUUGGUUGUAUAGCUCAGUUGCUUUUUUCUUAGGUAAAUUAGGCCUGGGCCUAGAUGUAUUUCAUAAAAAAGUAAAGAGAGUGGCCUAAAACUUGAUCCAUUUUAUAUACCGUAAAAUUCCGAAAAUAAGCCCCUCCAUGUAUAAGCUCCUCCAAAUAUAAGCCCCCCAAAAUCGUAACCCAAAAACCCUCCGUUAAGUCGCCCCUCCGAAUAUAAGCCCCCCCUGGGGCUUGUUCUUUGAAUUUGCCCUCAAAUAAAAAGUAAAAGAAAGCAAAAAUGGUAAAUCUCCUUCCCACUACAAGCUAGCCCAAUCGAUUUUGAAACGCAAAUUUCCUUCCGCACAUAAGCCCCUCCAAAAAUAAGCCCGUCAAAAAGGGCCUUUGAAAAAUAUAAGCCCCGGGGCUUGUUUUCGGAAUUUUACGGUAACAUUGAAACACUUUAAAUGCUGUUUUGGAUCAUAUAUUGUCACGUGACGUGUGAAAGUUAUUUGUUGCUAAAAAAUCUUUCCAUCUAAUCGGCAACCCUUUUUAUUAUAGUCUGGUGGCUGCGUUUAGGUUUAUGAUAUUGACGCCAUUAGGUACAUCAUUUGUGCUUGGACAUCUUGAGAUAAUUUAGAAUAAAAGUCCGGAAAAAGAAUUCUUUUUCAUUGGGGGACUGGGCACUAAAACAAAAUGCCGUAUAUUUUCAAAACCAAUGACGUAUCUAACAAAGGCCAAGCACAGUUCGUUUCCUUUUACCAUUUUAAUUCAUCUAAUUGUAACAAACCUAAAGGGCUGAAAGCAUAAACUGUUGCAGUUUUUGCUUUUGAAUUGUUUGUCCGUACCAAGUCACGGGACCGUAUUUGCAUAGGAGAUCAAGGGAUGGCGCAGUGGCGAGAGCGCUCGCCUCCCACCAAUGUGGCCCGGGUUCAAAUCCCGGCGUCGACGCCGUAUGUGGGUUGAGUUUGUUGUUUGUUCUCUCCUUUGCUACGAGAGGUUUUUCUCCGGGUACUCCGCUUUUCCCCUCUCCCCAAAAACCAACUUUUCCAAAUUCCAAUUUGAUCAGGAAUCAGGUAGACGAAGAACCACUUUGUAGAUGUGCUACCUCCAAAUCAUUAUUUACUGUUAUUUAUUUAUACAUAUCUUCCACAUCAAUAUAACCAGAUUUGUGACCUUAUUAGUCUGCCAAAGUUUUAGGUUGCUAUGAACAAACUUUCAGAAGUCAGACCACUCCGUUACUUUUUUGUGCAAUAACUUGGAAUGAAGAACCUCGUUCCCAGGUUCUCACUCCUACCCGAGAGAACCCUGGGAAAGAGGUUGUAACUGGAAUAAAUGGACCCUUCCACGGUUUUUUCAAACUUUUGACAUGGACUAGUUAGGGCAGAUCUGUCGACACCGCUAGAAAGAGCGCCUAACAAUUAGUAAAAUUGUCAAAUUUGAAAGUGAUGCCACUUAACGAGCGAAGGUAUAGCCCCCUCAAAGUUGCGAAAAUUUACAGACGAUUAUAUGGUAUGCCCCACCAUAAAAACGUCUGUAAAAUUUAAUUAUUUGCCUCAAUUUAAUUAUUUGCCUUAUUAGCUAAGAAUUCGAGAAAAAAUAAGGCCAAUUCAUAUGAUUCAUUUAUUCUUUUUACUUUAUUUGUAGGAAAUUGAGGCACCCGCACAUUGUAAAGUUUUAUGGCACCUCUCUGCUGUGGGAGGAAAAUUCCGUGAGAAUUUUUCUGGUUUUAGAAUGGUGUAAGGACGACUUACGCAGUCACAUCUCUAAAAAUAAGGGGUUAAUUCCAGGGAAAUCAAGGAGUGAUGACGCCAUUCGAAAAGUCUAUCAAUGGGUCAAUGAAAUCAUUGAUGCCCUGGCGUACAUUCAUGAACAAGGGAUUGUCCACAGAGACCUUAAGCUAGAUAACGUCUUGGUAAGUGAGUAUACGUAAGAGCCCUUUUAAUGUGCCAAAUUGUAUUUAGUUUUCACAACUAAUUGCGGACACAGCAAAAAAAUUAAAAUUAGUUACAAAUGAGAAAUAAAGAAUGUAUCAUCAAUUGCCUAAUGAUUGCUUCGCAAGAGGCAUGAAACUCUGAGUAGCAAUAAAUGCUCAAGGCUUAAUCUAGUUCCAUCAGUCUACCUACAAUCAAAAUAUGUGGGAUUUAUAAAUUUUACAAUAAAACAAGAGGUAUAUAAAAGGUUGUCUCUGAGAAUUGCAAAGGUUACAGCACUUAUUGUUGUUGUUUUACUGUGAAAUUAGGUCUUUUUUCCUAAUGGUAAGAUGCGAAAUUGCGUUUUUUGGUUCGUUCUUUGUUCAAAAGUAGUGUACGGGGCGAUCCUUACUUGACACUCAUCGAGUAGUGAUAACUGUAUGACAGCAAAUUACUUAUUAAGUUUAGUUUACCAGCACUGGAUUGAAACUUCCUUAUCAAGUCAGUAGUAAACGUUAAACGGGUGUCUGCCAUCUCAGUCAUAAAUUUAUGACCUAGCUGGGAGCUCGCGUCUGUUGCAAAGUAUAGUUCCGUCGGCUAGUGACAGUGCUUGACUGUACGAACUGUUAGGAUAUAUGAUUUUAAGUGCCUUUUUUUGCACGGACUCUAUUCUAUCUGACAGAUAGUCAGGAAUGUCUUGCCACACCUGCACAGCAUAUUCUAAAAUCGGUCCACUACUUCUAAAGACUUUAAAUGUCUUGUUGUUGCUCGCCAGCUCUCUUUAAUAGUCUGAGAACGUAAAGUUUCUUUGAUGCCUCAGCGGUAAUAUAGUCAAAAUAGGUAAUAUAGUUUAAACCUGUUGUCUACUAUUAAUCCAUGUAAUGCAUAUAAGACAACCUGUGACUGUUGAAAAGACACCAGAGAAAGUUCCAAAAUUAGUCCACAACGUUCACCAUUUUAGAGAAAAAAAAACGGUAUUUUUUUAAAAAUUCUUAAACUUUCUAGCCUGGGAAAAAAGGAGGUUGAGGGAUUCAACGAAAGCAUAGUGUAAGUAAUUUCCUCGGGCCUAGCCAUCUUUGAAAACUUGAACUUCGUUUCUGAUUCGAGAAAGGUAUUAGUAGUGAAAAGCAAGUAAUCCUCCUUUUUAAGUUAGAUUUCUUUUUCUUUAAAGUUGUCAGAGGGAAACUCAGUGAGAGUUACAGACGUUGGCAUAUCAAAAGCAGCAGUAGACAUUACUGGUACCCUUGCUGGAAGCCCUGCCUACAUCGCACCAGAAGUGAUCAAAUCCCAGGUGUAUAACAGUAAAGCAGAUAUCUACAGUCUUGGGAUAUUGUUGUGGGAGAUAUGGUACGGAGAACAAGCCUUCGCCGGAACCGAAUUAGCAUUAGAUGCUUUCUUUAAUAUGGUAGAUGAUGAUGGUCGUCCCAAACCUUUGGAAGGUUGUCGAAAACCUGACUCUCGCUGGGAAGAGCUAAUGGAGAAGUGUUGGAAUAAGGAUCCUGAAAAACGCCCCUCAGCUAAAGAAUGCUUGAAAAGUAUUUCAGCCAUUUUCAAAAACGAAUAAACUUGACCCAAGGACGUCGUAGCAGCAUCAACUGACGUAAAGUGGUGCAUAGUAUUAGCCUGAAUCAAUGAAGUAUAUUAUUAAGUACUACUAGGACAAUGGAAACUACAGUAAAAACUCUCAAGUAUAAGAACCUUCACUUUUCCAAGAAAGACCAAACACGUUCUGACAUAUACAAAUGGUAAUUAGUACAAGUUUAGGCUUGAAUAGAAUUUGGUGCUAUUCAGUCUCUUUCUUAUAUCAAACAAGUGUUUUUGAAACGAGGAUCAAAUAAAUUUUGAAUUCCUCCUUCAGAACAUAAGAUAUUUUAUUUUCAACAUUGGCAUUUACAAGGUAGAGAAGAGGACAUUAAAAUUUUCAUUUAUCUUAUUUGUCCACGUGUGUACGUAUCAUUUUAGUCGAUUUUAGAAAAUAGCAGCUGCUAUAAAUAUAGACAAACAGGUUCCUUUAUAGAAGAGGUUCUUAUAAAAAUAAAUUGUUACUUCCUCUUGAAAGUAUUGAGGUAUUGAGGAAACAAAGCUCUGCAGCGACAACUCUGGUAAACCAACCCGUUUACUUUUUUAUUAUUCAGUUGCAUGUUAUUGUGAGUUUAAUAAAAAUUUUUUGUAAUUUUUCUUAAAUUGAAAUAGCCAAGAGUCUUCAUGCUAGUAGGAGUCUCUUCUCAAAUUUUGCCAAUGGGACAGAAAAAAAUGUGUUUGCCAUAAUUGGUUCUUACAUUUGGAAUCAGAAAAAUUAAGUUUGGAAGCAUACAUGGUGUUAUGUGGUUGGAGACGUAUACUAAAUAUAUAACAGGGGGACUAUAUACCUGUCAGGUUAUGUGAAUAAUAUCAUAGGUGACGAAUUACUGCUUAAUUUUUUGGCGCGAGAUUUCAGCGAUAAUUUGUAAUUUCACAUGUGAAAUUACAAAAUUGUCAUGGCAACAUUCCGUACGUCUCAGUGUCAAGAUGGCGACGAAGUUUUAAAAUGCCGUGAAUGAAGAUGUCAGGGCACAAAAAGACGCUUUAGAAAACCUUAACACAUAAGAGAACAUCAAGAAGGACUCUAACAGGUAUUUUGCCGAAAAAGUCUGAAAAAUUCUGAACUUAACAAGCCAAAUUUAAGGUCUAAACAUUUGAGAGAGUGGAGUUCUCGAUCGAUAUGAUCCAGGAUAAACAUAUUGAAAGAGCAUUGAGAUUUUUAUGUAAUGCGUGAGGAAUAAAACGGUUUGUUUAUUGGCAGCACUAGUUUCUGACCCUGUCUGAUUUUAUUUUAAACAUGAAACGUUCUCCUAUAAUCUAAGUGGAAAAGGAGUUUUGAUUACGGUCCUUGCUAUCUUGGAAGCGGAAAGGAAGGUAAAAUUAAAUGCUUUAAAAGCAGAUGUCAGUAAAUAUCGACCAGAGGUCUACAAAAGUGAAAAAUCGAAAAUUCUCAAAACAAUUCACAAAGUAGCACUAGGUAAGCUGUUAACAUAAAUGUGGUUUUUACUUCGAUCCGAUAAUUAUUUUAAACGUACGGGUGGGGGGGGGUAUUGGUUUCGCGGCUCUCGCACCGGGUUUUACAGGCCCAAGACGGCGUGUCACAAAAAAAUCGUUUUUUUUAAUGCGAACAACAAAUUACUUAUUCAGAAAAGUACCUCAUUAUAUACAUUUUAAGGGGUGAUUUACUCGGUUUUAACCAAGGUGUAAUAUUUUGGAGAUUUUUCAUUAUUUUCUAUAUUUUGAAAUCUGUUUUCAAAACUUUUGAGGUCAAAAAAUACAAGUAGUACUUUUCUGAAAUUUGAGCUUUCCUCGCUCAGCGGGGCGAUGUUAAAAACCCGGAAAAAUACUAUAAGAAAUCAGUUUGAACAACAGUGGUUUGAUGUUAUCAGCUUUCAUAGACCAAGACGUGUUUAUCCCCUUUAUCCAGCGAUCUGAUAUAAUUUAAAUCGUUUGCUCACAAGAAAGGCAGAUUUACGCUGUCAACUCCUGCCAAGUGCAUGAGUCACGUAAGUUUGUCAAAGGGCAAAGCGCAAUAAUAAACCAGAUAAACUUUGAAAAUCACAACGUUUUUACGUCCAGGAAUUGAAUUUUACCGAACAGAACAAUGCCUAUGGGUUUCCUAGAUAUUGCAAUUAAUAAAACAUCAAGGACAGCAUCGGCAAGAGCAUCUUUGGCUGCUCUCAAACGGCGACGGAGAUUGCCUUACUUUUCACAGAUUGCCCGCCUACCACCUGUUUUUGGCUUCGUAUUUCGACGCAACACUUACGACUGGUAUUGCGCGCGGCACUGGUACUUUAUGGUCAAGUUCUUAAAUCUUCUUCACGAGACAUUUAACUGAAUUUAUGAUAAAAAUGCUUUCAGGAAAUAAAAAAUAUAUUUUUUCCAAAGAUCAGCUGUGCGCAUGGGCGCAUGUGCGUAUAUAAAGGACACUACGCCCCUGCUAACUUAAGACCCACUGUUAUAAAUGGGACAGUUAGCGUCCUAUUCAAGAAGCUUUGUCAAUCUGUUUUGUGUCUGAUCCCAGAGUAUUUUUUGUUUGUUUGUUUUUACACCGUUUCAAAAGUUCAUUUCUCGAAAUUCGCUAUCAGCCGGGGUGGGGGGGGUGUGUUUAGUAGUGUGUUUUUCCUUGCUGAAGAGGCCGAAAACUGAGAGUUUCUGUAUAUAAAAAAAAAAAUACGCAUCCCCUGUAUACCUUAAAGAACCGGGGAACUUUUAUUUUCGUUAUGUCAGAAGCCCAUAACCAGCUCCUGUGGUUGUGAACUUCUUCAAGGCCGAAAAUUUCAGUAAAAACCGAAAACAACAUCUAAAAGGAGGCACACAGUUUGGACUAAACAGGGAAAGAGGCUUCUGAUUUUCUAAAAUGUCAUUGAUGCACGGUUCAAUAAGACUUUGUUACUACUCCUUGGGCAUCCACGGGGACAAGUCCAGCCCUUCGGGCCAGAGGGUGGGGAGUUGCUUGAAGCGGUCAUUUCCCGGACUUUCGGGGGUAGUUGGCGGGGCAAAUCGAAAAUAACUUCUCUUUGUUUUUGUGAAAAACAUCAUUUCUCGCGCGGUUGACAAGAUGGCGGCGGACUCCGUAGCUGUGAAAAGGUGCUUGUGAAACAUGUCCCUGCAACAUAUAGGGCAGAAAGUGCGCGCGAGAAGAUACGCGUGUCUCGCUCGCGCGCCCCGUUCUUUCUUGCGCCCACCACUUCCUAGCGCCUGCUACGCAGGCUAAACAAGACAUGGUCACCAAAUCGAAAUAAACUCAAUAUGGCGAAAGUAUGAUGGUCGAUUUCACCGCAAAAAAGAUACACCACCGAACCUCUGGAAAUGUUGUUAUAAUGCUCAUCUUUCAAAUCAAAAGAAUUAUUUAGGUCAAAAAGGUUAAACCUUGUCGUUUCUUUUUCCUUUUCUUUUCUUUGUUGUUUGAUAAUGCCAAAAAAUUGGGUCGGUUGGACGACGCUAAACGAAGAAAAAAGGGCAGAUGCCCUUUUAUUAUAGUUAUUUGGCUCCCUCAGAGUAUAAAAGUAUAAGUUUACAAUGCCAGGAUCCAACCUCGUCUCCAGGGCGCUUUUUUCUGGCUUUGGAGGUGGGGAAGAGCGAGGAGAAACGGAUGUUUUCGCAGGCUAGAAGAAGCUAAUUCCUCCAAAGGUAUUACUUUUUUUUCGGGAAAAUUUCCACCAGGACGAACCGUUCCAUUUGAAUUCUCCCUGGAAUUUCCGAGUUUUCCAUACAAAUGGUAGGCGCUCUUGUUUUCGUAUGGUCAUGUGGAAAUGUGUGUCAAUAAAUUGUGCAGCGGGGUAGCUCCUCUUCUAAAUUGAAUGGACGUUGAAAUAUUAUCUGGAGUAGGGAGAAGAUUCUUGCUUCAAAAUGACGCUUGAGUUUCUGAGUUGCGUGCAAACUGCGUUGCUUUCGGCUUGUUACGAUAACAUUAUUUUGAAGGCAAAACAGAUUAUCUGUUUAGAGAGUUUGUACUUGAAAAAAGAUUUGCUCGCUUUCGUACCAACAGGAUACAAAAAGUCUCGCUCGAUUUGCUCGUGCAAAAUCAGCUUUCCGUAAAUUUGCAUUCUCAGCACCUGCAGUUCAUAAAAAGGAAAAGAUUUUGCAGUGUAGUAAGGUUAUUUGCCACUUUGGUAAAUUUGUCGGCUGGUGCACGAUAUACCAAGUAAAUAGUCAGACUCGUUCCCAGCGUUCUCUCUCUUGCAGUAUGCAAUAUUAUUUUUUUCGGGUGUUGUUGACAUUUUCAAAUACCCACGCCAUCAGCUGAGUAAUAGGGAGCUUUAGCAACGACGACAGCGACGGCAACCAGGACGUCAAAAAAGCAAUAGGUUUAUUACGCAAAACAACAACUUUGCACGUGCAUCACGCUUUCUUGUACAUUUCUUCGCGGUCCUUGCACGACUACGACGUGAAAAUGCCUAAUUGCAAGUUUCAUGGAGGACGUAAACAAGCGAGGACAAAUCUCUUUUUCUCUAUCUAAACUUGGGUGCGGUCCUCAAGAAAUCAACUCCUGGGAAAUUCGCCUACACUUGCCAUUUUCAGCAAAUUGGAAUAAACGCGACAAAGAUUGAAAACUCCUCUCGGGCCCCGAGAGAGCAACUUAUGUCGUAGCGACGAUUAUUUACUCUUCCUCCUCUCCCUUAUUUUUGGCUCCCAGAUUUUGGGCACCACGUGACCAGCCUCAACAGGGGUUCUUUCUCGAAGCAAGAGAGAGAACCCUGGGAACGAGGUUGUUGUAUCCUUUGUUUCAGUGACGUCAGCGAUACCUUCAGCUAGGCUUCUUCGCGAAUCUUGCUUUGAGUAGGGAGAGGGUCAGUAGACUCCAGUUUCAUCAAGGGGGACGCCUAGUGCGGACUACGUGAAUGUCAUUUUGGCAAGCCAACUUAAAUUAAGAGUAACCCAAUUCUUUAUUUUUGUUUGAGAGUUCAUUUGUUUUGUUGUGAUUCUUUUGUUAACGUUUUCCUCGAAGUUACAACAUGCACUGUACUCAUGAUGAGGGUAAAUCAUCCCUUUUCCUCUUCCCAAAGCAAGAAUAUGUCCUGAUGUUUUGAUUAAACUCCUAAACUCAUUAACAGUCUAGUAACUUUUUUUCGACUGUGAUAAUCGCAAGGCUGCAUCAUACGACGUUAUAUAUAUAUUCCAUGAACAAAACAUGUCGUCCUAGCAUGGGCCCUACGUACUUGUGAUACGCGCGCACUGACCCCCCCCCCGAUCCCAUCUGACCCACCCCACACAAAAGUUAUAUUAAACAACAUUUUAAUUACACUACAGAAAUCAUGCGAAACCCCAUGUUCUUCGCCCUCAAAUAGUAUUUGUUUCGCUUUAGUGUCCAAUUUUUGUCAUAUUCAGUUGGAAUCGAACUUAAAAUGGCGGAAGGUGAGACUCAACGCAUUGAGCUGAUUAGUAGAAUCGACGAUAUAGGGACGAUGAAUCAAGUAAUGGGGGCGCUUGGCAUUCCUUCGAAAGGGUGUCAAACGCUGCAAGAUAUGAAAGAUCGAGUAAUAACUACAACAAACCAGUCUUCAAAAUCAAUCACUUGGAGUGCAGGACAGGUAAGAAUGAUUGCUAUUAAGAGGAGAGAUAUUCAGAUCAUGUUAUUCUUCAUUAGCGCGUUAUUGAUCGCAUUACUAAGGAACAGGCUUCUUGUAAGAUGUUAUUUCUGAGACAGGGCAUUGUGCAAGUAGUUUGUGUGAAAACUCCACAUAAGAGUCCUUUGAACGUAAUUUAACUGCGAAAUUUCAGAUUUAUAUGUUUGAGGACAGCUACAUAGACAGCUCUUUGAUUUGCUUCAGCUGUUUCUUAUGAAACGGGCUUUCUGUCGUUUCUACAAACAUCUGGUAGACGAAGAACUAGGCAAGCGUGGAAGUAAGUCAUGAGGGUAAUUAUUGAGGCCUCUAAGGCCUGGUAUUGCGUUGUAGUUUCAAAUCUGUUUAAUGUAUAUUUUCCUUUCUCGCUUCAUUUAAGAAAUAUGAAAUGUCAGACGAAUGGCACAUCUUUUGUUCCUGUCACAUUUCCUUGUAGCUUUUAUAUUAAGGCUAGUACCUUACUGGACAGGAUACUCACAUCUAACAAAUCAAACCUAUUUUUUCAUGAACAGUGAGCGAUCAUCUAAGUUUUCGUAGAGUUAUCCGACAGUAAUCGAAGCCGUUGUUUAUCGAUGCGUGGAGGGAAGCCGGCAUACCAUCAGGGAGCUUGUCCCUGUCGUAACAGAUGCACUGCAGCAAUAAUGCAUUGCUUUUACUAAGUACUACAUUUCCUGGGACGGGAAUAAGCUAGGUUAUCAAUUAGGUGCAAAAUUCGAUCUACCAUGGUGUAACAGAUCAGUGUCAUUCUGAGAUAUACAUGUAUCACAGCUGCAAGUGCAAAUAGCAGCAGGGGCGUAGUUAGGAAUUUUCCAGCGGAACACACGGUUUUCCAAAUCCACCCUAACCUAUCUGCCUCCCAAGCCGCAUUAACCGUUUACUUAAAGAAUGAAUCAGUUCAUGGUGAAGACUUUUAAGUUUGUUCUUUUAAUAGUCCUUAUAUGUGUAAAAUUUUAAGGUGUAAGUUUUGAGUAUCUUUGUCAUUUAUGAGAGGUAGGCGCCCGGGGGUAGGCGUUGCAAUCAGCAUUUUGCAAAUGCUGACAAUCCCUUGAAAAUUCCUUUAAACGUAGUGUGAUUUUUGAAGUGAAACCGUCGUCCUGUUAUUGUGAGCGUGAAAGCGAAAUUAAAACGGUCUGCUUUCACUGAUCGACUUCACUGCUAGUGGGCAGUUAGUAUAAAGUGAAUUUGCGCUCUCUGAAUUUGUCGUGAGCGAGCUCCAGUCAUGCGGGAACAUGAUUAGGCAAGUAACGCGCGGCACAAGUUUCAAAACAGAAAGAAAAAAAUCAUCUGGUAUGGGUUUCAGCUCAAUACAAAAGUUGGAAUUCGGAGAUUUCAUCUCGCAAUCGUGCAGGUACAAUAAAGAAAUGUACCAUGAAAAGCCGUGAUGCACCAAGGUGCAGGUGCCACCGGCAAAAGUUUCUCAGUUAUCCGGACUUUUAAAAGGACUGGUUCACGGUUGAGCGGAUGCUCAUUCGUCAAAAUGCUGUUUUUCUGCCGAGACAUGCUGUAUCGUCUAUGCAAGCAAUAUGAUCAUGUCAUAAUGUUGUCAAAGAACCAAUCUGCACACUCCCCUGGCAGUCACUUGCACUUGAUCAGCUUAAAUAUUUGCAAAUAGCUGUAAAUUUAUCAACCAUGGAGUAAAACCUUCAGGGUCAACAAUAAAUUUAACGUUGGUAGUGUUGGCAUAAUUCACUAAUUUUUUUUCUGCGAUUUUAGUACUCCUCCAUGCUACUUCGUUCCUCUGAAAUACACUUGUACUUUGAAAUACACUCUGAGAUCGCUGAGAUACAACUGAGUGGGAUUAUUAACCGAUAGAAUUAAUAAUAAAUUGGAAGAAAAGUAAUUUAAUUCAUGAGUAUGCGCUUAACCGUGAAACUGUCCCUUUAAAUCAGAAGCAAUUGGUGAACAGUAAAUGGUGAUGGGUCAAUCGUUUUUUUCUAUUUAGUUCUUAACAGAUUUGACUUGUCUUCUUUCCGCAGGCCUUUUCCAUUUUGUCAGAUGCAAAAGAUGACGAUGUAAGAAAAAGAGCUAGGUUACGGAGUCUUUACACUGAAGCUGAGGCAUUGCUGGAAGAACUUGACCCCCAAAUUGUUGCCCCGCUACAACAGAGUGUUCCUGAUUUUGCGCAGAAGCUGAAAAACCACAAGCUGCAACUAACACAGAAGGAGUACUUUGUGCUUGUAGCAGGUAAAUCAUAAAUACACUUAUAAACUUAAAGAACAUUAAUAUUCAUUCAAAACAUCUCUCAUUUUCUGAUUGGCUUAAAUCCCCAACCAAUUCCUUAUGAUCGUCAAUGUGGCAGGUAGAUCGUGCAUUCACUGAUCGGAUGCGUGCUUGAAACCGCAGAGAAUACACCUGGAGUGGUCAAUCGAAAAAAAUCGGUAUCAAUUUAUCGACAGUCGAUAAAAAUCGGUAAAUCUGAUUUGCGUGAUAUCGAUUGUAUCGAUCAAUCGGUAGAAAUCGAUGACACACUCGCUUCGUUCCUCAAUUUAUCUUGAUUUUUACCGAUUUCAUCGAUUUAUAUCGGAACAUACAUCUGUUCAUCUGUUUAUCAAAAAAAAGACAUCCCUUUGACUCGAAGGAAUGUCUGAAAUUCAGGCUUAGGUUGUAUUUCUCGCGAUACUUGCCUGCGAGAACUGAAUGUAAAUAGACCGCAACCUCGUUCCCUGGUUCUCUCUCCUACCCGUCCUACCCUGGCCCUACCCUCUCUCUCUCUUCGUAGGGACCGGUAGGAGAGAACCCUGGGAACGAGGUUGAGUAGACCAAACCGUCCCUUUAAUAAUAAUAAUAAUAAUAAUCUCAUAAAACUAACUACAAAAUCCGACCUAUUUACAAUUAAAUUUUGCUUAAAGAAAAAACCAUCGAGUACAAGUACUAUUUACAAUUCAUUUCAAUUAAAAAAACCCACAUAGUUCCGAUUAAAAAAUUCAUUUCAAUUAAAAACCGUUAUUCGAAUACUAAUACUAAUUCUACUAAUAACAAUUAUAAAAAGCAUCGAAAAGUUAAUAAAAAAAUAAAAUAAAAAAUAAUAAUAAUAAUAUAAUAAUAAUGGACACUUAUAUAGCGCGGUAUCCACUAAUUGCUCAAAGCGCUGUUCAAUGAUAUCGUAAGAAACUAGAGUUAAAAACUGUUUUAAGAUAAAAUUGAAUUAAAUAAGGCUACUAAAAUCAAACACCGUAGGCUAAUUUAAAUAAGUAUGUCUUCAACUGCGUCCUGAACUGGUCGGCAGAUGUAACACCCCUGAGUUCAGGGGGCAAUUGAUUCCAUAACCUAGGAGCAGCUGCGGAAAAAGCCCUAUCACCAUAGGUCUUUAACCUAGUCCUAGGCUAGAAAAUUCUGGCAACUAGAACGUAAUCGUGGACCAUUAGUGUAGCGUUAAAAUUCGGAUAGGUAAGUUGGUGCCAAGCCAUUAAGACAUUUGUAAACUAAGAGGAAAAUUUUAAAAUGUGUGCGAUAAUUUAGAGGUAACCAAUGAAGUUUGAACAGGAUAGGAGUGAUAUGGUCAAAUCGCUUAGAUAAAGUAACAAUGCGUGGAGCAGUGUUUUGUAUCAAUCUUAACCUGUUUAACAGGUGUUUAGGAAGGCCAUAUAACAAAGAGUUACAGUUAUCGAGUUUAGAGCUAAGAAACGCAUGUACUAAAAUUUGAGGGGUAUCUUCACUUAACAAGUACUUCCUGAUCUUAGCAAUGUUCCUUAGAUGAUAUUGACAGGAAACGCAGAUUUUGUUAUCAUAUAGUCGGUUAAAUCAAGACUCUGAUCUAUAAUUACCCCCAGAUUUCGGGCGGAAGGUUUGGGUUGGAUCUUCUCAUCAACCACCUGUAUAGACUCCAGAAAAGGCCUGCAACGACAAUUGUGAUGCACAAAAUAAAGGGUUUUAGAGAGAAACUUGUGCGUAGAUUCCACAUUUCUUAUUUUCACGUUUGCUGAUAAGAUGUUACUCGUGGAUGUGUUUCCUCAGUGCUACUUACAUAACUCUUGCCAAACUGAACAACAAUGGCGGGCUUCUGGUACAAAUCGUUAAAAUCAUAAAAAAUCGUUAAUAUGGAUUUGACACAGGAAUUUAGUGUAUCGAUUCUCACCGAUUUGUGUUAUCAAUCGAUAAAAAUCACUUGAUUGCUACCGACUUUUAUUGAUUGACUAAUCCGGGAAUACAACAACCUUUUUUUCUGGUACAGUCACGAAACCGCGACAGCGAAAAACAGUUGUUGCAAAAAUAGGUUUCUAUCUAUUGUCAAUAAAAAAAUGAUUAUCGGCAAUUAUAGAUUGAUCGAUUGGCUUUCCGAUAUUGGUUUUUAUCGAUUGGAAUGCACUAGUCAGGCUGAUAAAGGUCUGUAGUGAAGGCUGACACUUGGACAAGAUAAGUUUAUAAGCUCCUUUGACUCGCAGCAAGUUUAUUUCCAUAACAUUCCACAACCAGAGGGUAAUUUUGAACAUUUCUGACGUCGACGUACAAGGUUGCAGGCCUUGAAAUUUGUUUAAAUGUCAGUAUUUUUUUGUUCUAUUCUAUUGUUUACUUCCUCAUCGCCUUUCCGUAAGGAUCAGUUUGCCUUUUCAUAUUUUUCUACAAGAGAGAUCAUUGGUUUGUUGCUGUGGACUUGCUGACAUUUUAUACAAAUAUAAAGCCCUUGAAAUGCAACAUUUUGCUGCGAUUUUGUUUUAAUCGUUUUAUACAAUAAAACUUUUUGCUGUGGUCCUGUUUUACGAGACGUUUUUAUGAACGUUUGCACAAAAAAGUUCAAAAUAACUGAAAUUUUAAAUUUUGCUAAUAAACUGCCAGACCAAGGUCCAAUUUUGACGCAACAUCCCGUAAUAUGUAGCACCUUACAAUUUCGUUCCUAGUUUUCUUAACCUCGUUCCCAGGAUUGUUCCUCCUUUGAAUGAGGAUCCUGGUUCGAUUGUUUUCUUGAGUCAGUUCUAAGUGGCUUCAAUCUCAUUUUAUAUAUUGGUAACUUGUUAUCUUCACAGGAGAGACAGGUUCUGGGAAAAGUAGCUUGAUAAAUCUUAUUUUGGGAGAAGAGCUUCUUCCAUAUUCUGUUCUCAGUACAACGUCUACCAUUUGCGAGCUAAGAUUUGGGGAGGAACGUAAAAUUGUUGCCCACUAUAAAGAUAAGGAUCCUGAAACAGGCCUACCUACAAAAGUUUUCUCCUUAAGAGAGUGUCAAGGCAAAGAAUCAACAGAACAAGGCUAUCUUCAGCAGAUUACACCUUAUGUUCACGUAAAGAGUGAUCGCGAAAGAGGAUCAAUUUUCAAAAAGAUUGAGCUCUUUUGGCCUCACAGUUUCUUGGAGGUAGGCUUGUUAGACUUAAUACAGUUUAAAGUUGUAGUUUGAGGUCAAUUUUAUGAUAUAUCAACUCAUCAUCCGGGGUACGGCUAUAGAAAAGGUUGUAGAAAGAAUGCUAUUGAGUGUGAUUAGUAAUGGAAAUGUAAAAAUGAACGGUACUAUUGUACCAUAUAGGUAUUAUUUGGUUAAUAUGUUACACAGCAAUCAGCAAAAAGCAUUGUUGAUAUUACUUCCCCUUACUAACGCCUACUUGUUCAGAUAAACAUAGAUAGAUGCAAUGAGGAAACUUUUUAUAAAGCUAUUGAAAAGGACCAAUAUAAAUAAAAGCUAGCCUUUCAUUUUAUUUCAGAAUGGAAUUGUGAUAAUUGACAGUCCUGGAGUUGGCGAGUCGGACAUUAUGGACGAAAUAGUCACGCAGUAUCUACCCCAGGCGUUCGCUUUCCUCUAUGUCAUCAACAGUGCAAACGCUGGUGGAGUUCAGAAAGACCGAGUAAGUAUCGCAAAAACGAUUUUUCACCCAUGGAAAGAAGUCAUAAGUGCAAUUUUAAGGAGCAUAUUGUUUUAGAGGCUACGAGAAAAGAAAACCUUCGACUUGUCAUACCACAGAGAACAAUGUUACCGAAAUGUCAGUAAAAUGGGCGAGGUGACAUUUUCAUUGCAAGGCAGCCAAAAGAGCCAAUUAAAUUUUAAUCAUUAGUUGAUCAGUUUGCCUGACGACAUAUUAAAUGUUUUGUCUAUUACUAUGGUGCCCUGUAAAGUUUGAUUUAGUACAUGUACCAUUAAUUUUCACCUACUUUAAAUUUUCCCCUCAGUAGUUAAAGUUAAACAAGACGCACGAGUGCGUGAACCCGUGUAAUAAUGCACUACAGCCCAUAUGAACUUUGAUGAUGAAUUAAUGGAAAAAAAUACUACCGGCUAGCUAAUCAGACUGGAAAGACUCGAACGUUGCAAAGGGUUGUACUUGACCAUGACUGCGUAAUGCUUCAAAGUAAUGUUGAGCUAGUUGUCUUUUUCUUUAAAUUAGCAUAAGCUUCCGCGCGAGCUCGAUACAAGUUAAUCCAUAUAUGCCAAAAAAGUCAAAGAAUAUUUCUUUCCCUGGAUAUAGUAAGUUUCCGUUUUUAUACCAAGACAGCCGGGAAGCAAUGAACAGUCAGAUUUGUUUGUUUUGAUGAAUGAAAAUUAAUGCACCGAAACGGUAAUUUACUGCCACUUUCCUGCAACUAGGUGCAAACUAUGCUAUAUUACUAAAUCAAAUCAAUUUCUCUGCUUUUAAAUUUUCUAAUGUGUCUUACUGUUGUUGCGAUAAAAACUAUAAAGCAUACAAUUUCUAAGGUCUGUACAGUGACGUGUGUGGACGUGUUUGUAUAAAUCGAACAAUUAAGGUGUGCAAUUUAGCACAAAAACGGUCCAUACGUUUUACAAAACUGCUUCUUCUUUGCACCUUGGUACACGCUUACUCGCCAAAACAAAGCCCAUUAGUGUUUCUUCAGCUGCUAUAUAAAUUCUCGUGACUUGCUCUAAACAUAAAAAGUGAAAAUUACCCACCUUUUUAGCAUGUCUUCUUUUCUCAACUAGCGAUCGCAACGCCGAUCUCGAUUAAACAAAUCGAGCCACUGUGUUUGUCUGACAGUUCCGGGAUGCAUUAUCCUCUAGACAACACAUAUCACUAAACAUUUCGACCAAAAUAAUUGUCGAUCUCUCAUAGAGGCAACAAAACCACAACCUUAACGCUACCGGCUGACAAAAAAGUUGCCUUUUGUUCUCGACAUGUCAAGGGAAUUUUGCGUCUAAGCCAAUGAAUUUGCCGGAAAUCGAUUACGUGAUAUUCCACCGGUACGGGCAUGCGCUUUAAAGAAAAGAGGGUGAUUCGACGACGAAGGAAAAACCCAGGCCAUUUUGUAACCCGUCUCUUCCUGAAAGAAAGGCCGGGUAAUUAUCUUUCAUCGUAUCUAGACGACUUUGGUUGAAUUCCCCUUUACGAGCUCCGCAUAAAUUCAAUGAUCAUACAAAAUAUGUCUAUUUCGUUACUCUUUCAGCUUGAAAGAUUACUAGAGGAAGUCAGAAAAAUGACUCGUGAAAGACAGGGAGCAUUACCUACCAAAUCCGCCUUGUUUGUGUGCAACAAGUGGGACCAAGUCCCGGAGAAGGAACGGAACGAGGUGAAGAAUCACGUGAUCAAAAAAUUGCAAAGAUGUUGGCCUGGGGUUGAUCCCGAGUCACAGAUCAUACAUAUGUCAACUACAAAUGCCAUUCAAGCCCAAGACUAUAAGAUUGUUACCGAGGAAUUUUCCACUUUGAUGAACGGCUUGAAGGGCAUGGUGCAGAGUAUUGGAGACAUGUUGGAAAUUCAUUGGAAGUAAGCAUCAAGCAUCAUGUACAUAUUUUAUAGGGGCGAUUUUAACAGUCUUAUGGAAAAACAUCAUAUCCUUGGGACUAAACUUACUUCGUAAGAUGCAGGCGUAAAAUGCGUUGUUCAAUUUUUGUGUUUUCCAGGGAGUUUGUCAAACUGACUUCGACUCCCAGUAUAUCGCUACUAACUAAAUGGGAUUCAUGCCCGGGAGGCAUUUAAGGGAAGUUUGGUUAGAGUUGUGCCCCCGAGGCCUUCAAACCCUGACCCUGUUUAUUAAUUAAAAAACUGCUCAUUUUGCUACCCUGUAACUGAAACACAAGGGACCUUUUUUACCCCGACCUUAAAAACCAUACCUUGUUCAGUGGCGCAUACUCGUUUAGGCCAAAUAAGGCAGUGCCCUCUAGGAUUCACGCAACCAAGGAAUUCACCCCUGAAAAAGAUUAGGUUAAAGAUUAUUCAGUUUAGUCUGUUAGCUCGUCAGACAAAAAAGUCAGUGUCUUAUUGUUCUUUUAUCAUUUCAUAGUUGGUUGGAUAACCUUCUCUCACGGAUAAUCUAUCAGGCGAAAGCCUUCGUGAUGAAUGCCUACAGAGAUCGCGAUCAAGUAACCCAGAAGAUAGAAAAGAUUGCUGACCGUAUCAAGGAGAUUGAAAAGGAGCAAAGCAAAGUAAUUACCGACCUUAAUGUCUACCGGAAGAAACGAGUGAAUGGCGCUUUGCAUGAGCUAUCCAAGUACCUCUCGUCGGAAGAUGUUAAAGCCCGCUUCACUUCAUGGACAAAGGACGACGUGCCAGCCUCAGAAAACUCCUGGGAGGUAACAGAAAACCAAAUCGCAAAAGUGCUCUCCAAGCGGCUGCGUGAAUUCAUAGAGGAAUGGGAAGAGGACAAGCAAGUGUUUGCAGGUGCUCGUGCGUCAAUCGUGCAACACGUUCAGGAGCGUUACAAUUUCGUGGAAGGUCAGCUGAGGCAUCUUGAGAGCGCUAUCACUGUUGACAGAACAGAUGUUUCAGAAGAUCAGCUUCAGCUUUCUCGAGCAAAUUUCUCCUUGACUGAAAAAGUCGUCAUUGGUGUCACAAGUCCCAUCUGGGCUCCACUUGGUUUAGUUGCUUUGGUGAUCGGCGUUCCCGUUUAUGGUAUCAUGGCUAUGAGAAGCAAGUUGGAGGACAGAAAGAAAAUGAAGAAUUACAAAGAGGACAAAUGUGCCUUCAUGAGAGAAGCGUCGGCAGCGUAUCUUGAAAAUGUGACAGAAGAUAAAUGGUUGAAGCCUUUUGUGAAGGAACAAAUGAAAGAAGCCAAAAUCUUCCUCAAGCAGAUUGAAGCCCGUCUACCAGAAUUGAUUGAAGCAGACAAGUUGCUAUGCAAACAACUUUGUGACGAAACGCGUUCACACAGAGAGAUAACUGAACUCUACAAACCCAUAAUGGAUGAAGGUUCUGAUCUCAGAGGACGCUUAGCAGAAUUUGGGUUCAAAGAAGUUCGAGCCACUGAUAUCAGUGCUGAUAAUCUAAAGUGGAAAGAGGAUGCUUCUUCCCGUCUCGGAUGCGGUGUAUUUGCUGCUGU